AUGGCGGAUCAGUUGAGCGAAGAACAAAUUGCCGAAUUCAAGGAGGCCUUCUCCCUGUUCGACAGGGACGGUGACGGAAGCAUCACCACCAAGGAACUGGGCACGGUCAUGCGUUCGCUCGGCCAGAACCCUACCGAGGCGGAACUAGCCGACAUGAUCAACGACAUAGACAGCAGUGGCUCGGGAGCCAUUGACUUCCCUGAGUUCCUCAUUCUCAUGGCCAGGAAGAUGAAGGAAGGCGACACCGAAGAAGAGCUCGUACAGGCGUUCAAGGUGUUCGACAGGGACGGUAACGGGUUCAUCAGCGCUCAAGAGCUCAGGCACGUCAUGACUAACCUCGGUGAAAAGCUCACCAACGAGGAAGUCGAGGAGAUGCUCCGCGAAGCCGAUGUAGACGGCGAUGGCAAAAUCAACUACGAGGAAUUCGUUAAGCUCAUGAUAUCCAAGUGA